GAUAUUUUAUCUAUCUAUCUACAUCUAUUGGAAUUCAGACUCCCUGACUAAUUGGUUUACACUGUUCCAAAAGUAUAUUAAAAGAACUAAUUUCAGUUUGUUCAUUUCAACCUGAAAUUGCAUGCCGGAGGCUGGGCAGAAAUGUGCAACCUUUUAGAGACUGGGUUGAAAGUUGCAACCCCCGAGGCCGGUUUUAAAGUUGCAACCUGCCCCCAGCUGGAAAGGAAGUAUUGAUUCUGGGUGGAGUUAAACCGAACCAGGCACAGCUGAUAUACAAACUGCUUAGAAGACAGCAGACAGAAAAAGAAAGAUAAAAACAAGAAAAUGAAGUGAAAAGAAGAAAACGUGAUUAUAAUGAUUUUACGCUUUAGAUAAGAGACCUAAGUAUACAGUAUAUAAACAGACUAUAUAUAUAUCUAUUAAGAUUGAAUUUAAAAUAAAAUGAACAGGACCUUUCAUUUAAUCUGAUAAAGCUUGCUUACUCCUUUCUCUUGACAGAUUGUGAGUUUAUAUAAAGUAUCAUGCCUAAACCUAAACUUCCGCCGCAGGGCGGAGAGAAAUGGCUUUGCCUUGGCAUGUUUUUAACAAUAAUGUUCAGCGUUGUUAUGGUAGUCACUCUGAUCUACAGCACUGUUAUCAUCUAUAAACCAUCCUUUGAAGAGAUGUCUAAGAACAUCAUUGGACCUAAACGCUGUACUACAACCCUAGUACAGAGGAAUAUAACAGGAACUCCAGAGGAUGGAAUCUGUGCCUGGUCCUCCUGUGAAGAAUGGUGUUUAUCCAAGGGUGCUAGCCCCUGCAGCAAAGUGUUUGGAGUGCUAAGGGAUCGUGGAGCAGACAUGACCUGGGAAGGAUGUACUCUAGAAGAACCCUGGUUCUUUGAUCAUGUUUGCACCACGCUAGCAGAUCUAGAACCUAUGAACUGUAAGAGAUCAAAAUGGGAAAUUGAACGGAACGGAAGUAAGGAGAUAUGUAAACAGUUUGAUGACGUCAUAUCCUGUGAGAUGGGAGAAUGUAAGAACGUGAGUAUGAUAUACAGUUGCACCUUCCAGGACACCCUGGAGGAUCUCAAGAUGUCCUGGGGUAAGGAAGGAUAUGUAACGGAUGGAUACUGUAACUGUAACCAGUGUCCUGAGAGUAAUGUAAGCCUGGUGGUGGAUGUAACUCUAAGUGCUCUCCAGUGUCCUAAGGAUACAAGAUACUGUUUUGAGAAGGAUCGGAAACCUGAACUCUAUAAUGCGGAGAGAAGAGAGCUUUGUAAAGCUCCGAAAUGUCAAACCUGCGAUGACAUGUGCAAUGAUCAGUUGCAUUGUCUAAGCAUGCACUCAAGACAAGAUGUUGCAUAUUUUGGUGUUGAUAUGACGAGAAACCCUCCAGAGCCUAAACUAACCUACUACAGUUGUAAAAAAGGAGAGUGUACAAAGAUCUAUGACCUAAAAUGUCAGAGAGUUUGUGAUUUUAAAAAGUUUGAUUUAAAAGACAAGAACAUGGUUUUGUUUAGCGGUGAGCGGGUUGUCAUGGGUCACUGUAGAAAGGCGUUUAUCAACGGGAGUACGGAAACACCGAUGCCAGCUCAGGCUGUACAGAACGCGAACUGGACCCGCCUAGCUGCAACCUGCUCCAGGAUACGGAUAAACCGUGAGAUGAAUACUAUAUAUGGAUCCGACUGCACUAACGGAACCUGGUUGGAUGAUCUGGGAGUAACCAACUACUCCCACCUCAUGUCCGUGUACAGUGUAGCGAGGGAGGAUAGGGACAGGUUCAUCAAGUACAAUGCGUCCAACUUCGAGAGUUUGAUCCCCCUGGAGUCUGAUAUCACUAUUGUAAAUAAUACUAAGAUAAUGAAGAAUGUAGAGGGUUGUGUGAACACCCUGAGUAUGGAGUGCAUGAACUUCUAUGCUAAGUUUGCUAAGGACGGAGCAAACUACACUUCCAGGGUUUCCUUUGAUUGCUACCACGACCCUGAGUUUCCUGAUUUUGUUGUUGUUGACUACACCCCUGACCGGACAAUGAUGUGGUUACUGCUGUGGUCAGUAGUUCCAGCAGCUGUUAUGGUCUGUAGCUGUCUAUAUAUAUGCAUCUGUAGCAGGUUUAUGUACACUGGAGAAGAUGGUCAUAUGAGAAUAUUCUGCUGUGGGAAAUCUGUGACUGGAAUCGGACAUGUCGUCGUUUACAAACCUCCCCCCAAGAAAGAGCGACCCAAGAAGCGAAAUUUCGACAACGAAAAGAACGACCCAGUCGCAAUAUAGCAACUCUUAGUCGGACACCAAGAUUCCGACAUUGAAGAAAAAUAAGUUAAUCCACAAAACUGAUGAGUUGGUUAAAAAAAAACUAAAGUAAACUAAACUGAUCACACACCAAUCUACAAAAAGUAUUAAAAACAUUCAAAUGAUUAUAUAAAGAAUGCGUUUUCUUUUUAAAAAAGGAAAGAACCAUGAAUUGCACAAUUCGACAUGAAUCUGUAGAAACUAAGUUUUGCAAGUACU